ACAAUGGAUUUGUUUUUUGUGCAGUGUGUCAUCUUGAAUGAAAAAUGAAAAUGGCGCUUGUGUUGUGUUAAAAUUGUUAGAUAAACAUUCUAAAACCGUGUGUUUAUUGUACUUAAGAACUUUAUUAGUGAUAGUGGUGAUAAAUUAUUAACUAAAAAGUUAAUAAAACGUGGACUGAUGCGUGUAUUGACCCAUGUCUGCCGUGGCUCCCACAAUCCCCGGGGUUGACCCAGCAAAGGAAAUACAAAAACGUCGAGCUGGUAGUGUUGGGUCCGAUGACGACGACGCAAGCGGUGGGAAAUACACAAGGAUGGAGGAGGAUAAUAUUCAAGACAAGGAGAGAUUCGCAAGCCGUGAGAACCAUUGUGAGAUUGAACGGCGAAGAAGAAACAAGAUGACGGCUUAUAUCACGGAACUAUCUGAUAUGGUUCCAACAUGUUCGGCUCUAGCACGGAAACCAGACAAGUUGACAAUACUGCGUAUGGCUGUAGCGCAUAUGAAAGCAUUGAGAGGUACUGGUAAUACCUCAACAGAUGGUACUUAUAAGCCAUCGUUUUUGACUGAUCAAGAGCUGAAACACUUAAUCUUAGAAGCAGCAGAUGGCUUCCUCUUCGUCGUCAGUUGCGACACAGGUCGUGUCAUAUAUGUUAGCGAUAGUAUAGCACCUGUACUUAAUUAUUCACAGGGUGAAUGGUAUUCUUCAUGUUUGUACGACCAAGUGCAUCCAGAUGACGUUGAAAAAGUUCGGGAACAAUUGAGUACUCAAGAACCACAGAACACUGGCCGUAUAUUGGAUCUUAAAACUGGAACUGUCAAAAAGGAGGGUCACCAGUCAUCAAUGCGGCAAGUGAUGGGUUCGCGGCGUGGAUUCAUCUGCCGUAUGCGCGUGGGUGGGACAGCUGAAAGCGCGCACUUGGGUCGAUUGCGCGCUCGCAACUCCCUCGGCCCGUCACACGACGGACACAACUACGCAGUGGUACAUUGCACCGGUUAUAUUAAAAAUUGGCCGCCCACAGAUCUGUUUCCAGGUAUGCAGAUGGAUCGGCCCGUUGACGAUGAGCUUCACGCGUCUCAUUGCUGUUUGGUGGCAAUUGGGAGAUUACAGGUGACAUCAACACCAAAUGCAGCUGAAGGCAGCCUCUGCAGUGGCGGAGUAGAGUUUGUAUCGCGUCAUUCAGUCGAGGGCCGAUUUACAUUUGCGGACCAACGUGCGGCACAAGUAAUAGGCUAUGCCCCGGCUGACCUUUUGGGAAAACUAUGCUAUGAGUUCUACCACCCAGAAGACCAGCAACACAUGAGGGAUAACUUUGACCAAGUUUUGAAAUUAAAGGGCCAAAUAAUCUCUCUUAUGUACCGGUUUCGGACUAAAAGCAGAGAAUGGGUGUGGUUAAGAACAUCUGCUUUCGCUUUUUUGAAUCCUUACAACGAUGACGUGGAAUACAUCGUGUGUACAAACACAUUGGCAAAUCGUUCCCUGGGCAGUGCGGGUGGCGAAAGCGUGUCAGAAGAGAGCUACGACUACCACUUGCGACAGCGGGACGUGUAUCAGGCUCCGCCUCUGCACCACGGCCAUCACGCGCCCCCGCCAGCGCCUGCGCCUGCCCCGCUGCACAGUGGUACAGCGGCUGGCACGGCAGGUGGCGUAACCGCAAGGUCUCCAGGUGAGGCCGUGGCCGGAGCGUACGCCCACUACGCGCCCGACUAUUCACCACAUCGACCCACUAACACGCCACCUCACACCACAUGGACCACGCUAAGACCGAGCGGGAGCGGAAGCGGAGCGGGGCAGAACGAGAGUUACGCGUAUGCGGGGCCGGAAGCAGCAACGGGGCCAGGGGGUAGCCCUGCCCGCUCUCCUCCGGCGGCUCCUCCUUACCUACCCCCUGCACAUUAUCACCACAAUCAUCAUCCACAUCCAACGCACGCGGGUAUGUGGGCAUGGCAGGGCGGGGCGGGUGCUGCGGCGGGUGUGGCUGGCGGGGGGACGGGGGGUGCAGAAGGCACCCACGCCCCACACGAGCUGUCAGAAAUGUUGCAAAUUCUCGAUCAAAGCGGCACGGCCACCUUCGAAGACCUCAACAUCAACAUGUUCAACUCCAACUUCGAAUAGUACUGUAUACAUGUAUAGAUAAGUUAAGUAACUUUAAGAAAUAUCAAAACUGCAGAGCACUUUCUGUGCUUGUUCAAGUUCUCGGUGCAUCCAAGUGUGUAACAGAAAGUGAAAGAUUUCAAAUUGGCUAAUGGUCAGUUUGUAUUUUUUGUAUGCUGACUUUGUGAAAUAGCACAGAUGCACAAAACAGUUAAUACGAAAAUUAAGUUGUUGUCUUUUGAUGGCUGCUUUUUAUUAAAUAUGUUUAAUUAUUGUCAUUUUAUGAUUUGUUAUGAUCUGCAAAAUGUUUCAAAUAGUAUUAUUGAUUUUAGGAAUGUAUGAAUGAGAAUAUUGUUCUAAUUACAUUGUGUAUAUAAAAUAAGUCCAACUAAAUACUUUGUAUACAUAUAUUGCGAGCGUAUCAAAUAAAUCCUAAAUAUUGUUUUUUUCUUAAUAUAGAAGUUUUCUUUACAUAUCGUUCAUGACAACAGUUAUAAGUUCUAAAGGGAAACAGAAUAUGACUCGUAGUAUCAAGUGUAUAUAAACUAUUUUUCUAGUAUUUUCAUUCACCAUAUUAGUAUAGUUAAAGGUAUAAUAACUUAAAAUCUCUAGAUAAAGUUAUUUUUACCAUGUGCAUUCCAAUUUGUAAUCAAAGUAAUGACCAAUUUAAAUUAAAUUUCUAAAUUUGAUUUAUUUGCUAGUAUUUGUUUUAUUUUUAUUUUUUUUAGCCAAAAUAUUUAACUCUGUUUCUAAUUAUUAAUAUUUUGUUUCGCUAUUUAAUGACGAUUCUAGUAUAUUUUUUUAACAUUCAAGAGAUAUCGGGUAAUGUUUCAUGUUUGUCAUUUAUGUUGGAAUUUAAAUGAGGUAAAAUAUUUGACCUUAGUUUUACUUCAUGUUACCGGUUAUUUACUACAUAGAGCAUACAAUUAAAAGAACUCAUGACAAAUAUUGUGUUAAUUUAAGUUUUACUAGGCUGUUCACCUUAUAGCUUGAGAAAUUCUUCUGUAUUAAUUUAAUGCAUCAUUUAUUAUGUUAGAUUAAGCUAAUGAUUUUCAUGGCCAUUCAAACAAGCUCGACACAAUAUUUUUUCUGGCCCUACAUAAUUAUGGUAGAUAUUAAAAAUAUAUAAUUAUAACUAGAAUGGUUUUUAAUUACUAAGAUUAUUUUUUUAAGGAAAUUUAAAAAUAGUAUUGCAUUUAUGAAAUGUCUUAUUUGCAUAUUUAUAUUAUUUUAAUUGAUGAAAUAUACUUUUUAUUGAUA